AUGUCAUUAGAACAACAACCUGAUAAUUCUCUCUUUGAAAACAUUGUUCUAGAGGCAGGUUUAAGAUUGGAGGGUUCUACAGUGGGUAUCCACGAAUUGGUGGUUGAACCAUCAAUAUUUCGUCAAAAAAUUAUACAAAAAAUAAAAUGUCACUCACAAUAUCCAGACCCUGCAAUUGAAAUAUUUUUAGAAGAGUUACAAAAUUAUUUGGACAUAGAUACAGAAAAAUUUAAAGCGUGUUUACAACCACUUUCCGUGAAAGGACAAUCAAUCUAUGGAUCAACAGCAGAUAGUUUUGUUCGCAUUUUGUUGAGUAUUGACUUUUUUCAGGCGAAUCUGAUUGAUCAAUUAUUAGAAAGAUUACCAACUUUCAUAUCAGAUUCUGAUAAUGAUAUUAUUGAAUCACCCAUUCCACGAUUAAUACUUCAACAAUUGAAAUGGUUGGAUAAUAUUGUAAAUCCAACAAGAAUAACAGAAAAGAUAUUGGAGAUGAUUCCAAUUACGCCCUUAGGAAUUCAAAGGGAAAUUAUAACUAGUCUUCCAGAUAUUAUUAAUGACUCUGAACAAAAGAUCAUUGUUAAAGAACUUACAGAAUUGAUUGAACAAAAUCAUCGACUGAUUGUUCCAAUUCUUGACGCGCUUCCUCAUUUUACAUUACAAGAGGAUUUAAUGACUAAUAUUCAAAAUACAGUGUUUAGUCGGCUUGAAUCUGCUGAUUUGGACGAUUUACCAAUUAUUGUAAAAUUCUUAUUACAAACAUCCUCGCCAAAUGAUGCUGAAAAUGUAAUACGACAGAUAAGGAAAAAAGUUGAUUUCCAUUCGAUUGGAAAACUUCAAAAUGAAUUAAAAAACUCGAAACUUCAUCAAAAGAAGAAAAAAGAGCUUAUGCCAGAAGCUCUAAUAUUAGACUCAAUUAAGAAAGGAAUAAACAUUCACAAGUUCGUUACUAACGCGUGGCUUAAAGAAAUAAAUGAUGUCGAAUUGGAGAAAGAUCAUAGGAUCAUUGACAUUUUGACAUUAUUUCUACUUCACUCGAUUCCAAGUCUUAAGAAGAAAGUAGAAGCGAUUUUUUGUAAAAAGAUUUUGAACGGAUUAUUUUCAAAGAAUCUCUUGGAAGAGACAAUAAAAUAUCAUUUCGAAGGCUUGAGAGAUUAUUUUGAUGACAUUCUCAUCAUCUCAGAAAGUUUACUUCGUACAAGUCAACAUCAGACAAUUGUUGCACGUGCAGCAUGCACUUUAUAUCGAAGUGCAUUUAUGGUAUUUGAAUUAUAUCAACAACAAGAAAUAAUAGCAUCUCUAGUGUCACAUAUCGGAAGUGGUUCACCAACUGAGAUUGAAUCAACACUUUCAGUUUUAUCUCAUCUUGUUGACGUUGAUAUCAAGAAAUUGAGUCAAUUUGCUAUUUUCGUAAAAGGACUUCUGGAUUAUUUGGAUAAUCUUAAUUUAGAUCAGAUUCGAAUUCUUUUUGACAUAAUUGGCAAAUUGGUAUACGAGGAUGCAAAUUAUGAUAGUAACAGUGGGGGUUUGUUGGCAGAAUUUUCAAUCGUUAUUCAAAAACAAUUGUCAAAUCCUAAUGAGAAAUACAAACAAAUUGGUGUUAUUGGAGCUUUAGCUUUGGUGAGAAUAUUAGGUUCUAAGCCAACUUUAGAAGAAUAUACGUCAAAUACGUUUUCAGAAAUCGCUAAAGAAAAUAUUAUAAAGAUUGAGCGUCAUUGUUCAAGAUCAAUGACGUGCCUUGCAUUCGCUUACGACGAAUUAGCGUAUUACAUUUCUACUGGAAUUUUGAACCCUGAAUUGGUCAACUGGAUAUCUGAAAAAAUAGAAUCCCAAUUUGCAGAUACUUUUAUAGUAGAUGAAGACGACAUAGCUAAAUUUACAGAAGAUGAAUAUCAUUUGAAAGGAAUUCCAAUAGAAACUUGGAUGGAAUGUGAAAUAGAUUGUGAUGUCGAAGAAAAGCUAAAUGUCAAUAUAUAUCCUAUGUUAUGUGAGGCCUACGUUCCCGCUAAUUUACGCACGCAAUAUUCUGUAAAACGAGAUUAUAUCAUUUGUUGUUGUUCUAUGAUGAAAUUAAUGCAAGCCGGCUUGAAAUUCAAGGAAAGCGGAAAUUUAUAUUCUAUUGGUGUUUUAUUAGCUGCUGGUUUGCUGAUGUAUAAAAAUGUGGAUGCACAAGAAAUGAAAUCUAAUGAUUAUUCAAAAGAGAUGCGUGAAUCAAUUUGCAAUUCACUAUUUUAUUGCAUAAAUUGGUGCCGAGAAAUCGUUAGUGAUUUCUGGGGUCAAGAUAAAGAAAUUUGUAAGAAUGUCUUUAUGAGAUUGCGACACAUUAUUGAACUUGAAAAAAGGCUGAAUUCAAUGUUAGAAAUAACACCUUCUUUUCAACCUGUAAAAUCAAAACCUGUUAACAUAUCUUCGGGAACUAUGCAAAGAAGUUUUGUAAAAUCAGGUAGAACAGUUCGUAGAUCAGUUGUCAGUAAAAAUAAGAUUCUUAGUGCUCGUCGUGCCGUUGAUGCCGAUAAGAAUGAAGAAAAUAAAGUUUCGGAAGAUCUCCCAAAAUUCUCGUCAGUUACAGAUUUAAGACCAUUGAUGCGUGAACUUGAUUUGUCAGUGUUUGGCAUGCUCGAAUACUUCGAAUUUAAAAAGUCUUCAGAUGAUAAUGAAGAGCCAAAAAUGGACGCAGAUACGGAUAUUAAGUUGCUACCUGAUGAAAUUGUUUAUCUUCUCGAUGACCUUAAUCGUAAACUUGAAUUUAAACUUCCUCCGCCAAUUUUACCCCUAGUUUCUAGAAAAGUAAAAAAAAAUGAAUAUGGAAAUAAGCAAGAAGGUUUUGCUUUAAUUUCUCGGAUGAAUUCAGUAGAUUUUGUGACAAAAGUGGCUACAGAGUUUGUUCCUCAUCUUUUGAGUCAAUUAGAAUCUAUUUGUGAUGAAUUGAAUUCUGAUAAUGAUAUAGUAAUGGAAGAGACUGAACAUGCUGCCUUACUUCGAUGCCUAGAAUUAAUACUUGAGAUCUUUCGUCGAUUAAUAUCUUGGUCUGAAUUAAAAUCUCCUGAUUAUAAGGAAACUUUAAUCAUUAUUAUGAAUCAGUUGGGAUCUAGGACUCAAUCUUCAAAUUGCAUGCCUUUACCUGACAGUUUAGAUAAUCUCCAACAAUCUGCUGAUAAUGCAUUUCAAUUCUUCCAAGACUUUGCUUCACGACUUCCAACAGUUGGUUUGGCAAUAUUGUUUCAUAAAAUUCUCAUUAAAAUUACUGAACUUUCUCCUGAAUCAAGUAAACUUAUCGCUAUGUCUGGAGAAAUAGCACGAGGUUUUGCUUCACGACAAUGGAAUGAUUCUAAAAAAUUAAAUUCAGAUUCUAUAAUUUAUCUUGUGCAAAAAGAUAUUAAACAUUCUUCGAAUCCAAUAGAAAGAAUUAUGUCUUACGCUUCAGAUAUUUUCUCAUCGAUUGAAUCACACGAUGACGAUAUUACAGAAACAUAUCCCUUAUUUAAUAGAGAAACUUUUCCACAUUUCUAUAAGGCUUUGUUUAUAGAGCUUGUAGAAAUGUUACGAGAUUUUCGUCCCGAGAAUUUUGAUUACACUGCGGAUGUUAUGACUUAUAUUACCCACACAAUUGAUUGUUUUCAAAAAUUGGUUUCGUUUAUCAAAAUCAAUCACAAACGUGUUGUUCUCUCUGUCUCUUUAAAACAUGGACGCAAUUUUAUUGAUUUGUUUCUUAGAAAAAUGUUACCACUAAUGGAUAAGAACUUCUCAUUUUAUCGUGAAGAAAUUCUGUCCAUUAUCAAGAAUUUUCAGAUUUCAACACGAAGUCUUCAGGCACUUUGUAAUCAUGUGAAAGUUCACAAAGAAUCACAACUCGCAGCAAUGGUCCCCCUUGUCAAAAGAUCAUUAGAAAUAGUGAUCUUUCAAGUUAAGGCUAUGAUUCAAAAUAACGGAUGUCCUCCGGAUACUUUUUUCUUGGGAGAACUUAAGAAUCGUGAUAUUGAAGGAAGAGAAAUUACUACCUACCAAAAUGAUGAUCUCAGCUCUACACAAAAUGAAGGAUACAAUUCCGAAAAUGAUAAAUCAUCUAUAAAUAAUAAAGAAUCUAUAAAGGAUGUGUCCGAGACACCUGAUGCCAGAUCAAAGAAUAAAUCUGAGACACCUGAAGAAGACGAUGAUGAUAUGGAAGUAGAAUCUUCACAUGAAAUAGAUGAUGAGGAAGACAAUGAAGAGAGGGAUUCCUCCUGCAAAAAGCGUAAGUCAGAUGAGACAGAUGAAGAUAAUGAACCUGAUGAAUCUAUUCGUAAUGGCAAAAAACCUCGUGUAUCUGUAUCGAAAUUAUCUGUUUCUUCGUCAAAAAAACCCAUUAAAAGGCUGACCGUCAAAAGAUAUUUACGAUAG